CGGUCGGUCUUUCGAAAGAAACUCUCUUAACCUCUUCGAAACUUUCCCCUAUCUUCUCGUCUCCUACUUCUAUGCGACGUUCACCAACACCAUGGCGCCACCUGCUCGGACUGGGCGUCACGCAGGUCGCCAGGUGACCAUCGACGAUAUCGAGAGCAGCGACACUUUCGCAACGUGCAAUUCCCAACUCUCCUCCCCGCUCUUCUCUCAGCUUCCCAGGGAGAUCCGCGAGUCAAUCUGGGCUCUCGCCACCGCGCCGUUCGAGGAUGAGGAGCGUCCAUAUCACGAGCAGCAAUACUGCUACCGCCCAGGCCACACCCAUCGGCUCAAAACGCAUGUCUCACUAUUACUGACUUGUCGUCGGAUCUGGCUGGAAGCCAACCGUUUGCCUAUGCUGCAGGCCGAGCACUGCUUCUACUACCACCGGAGCGCACCCGAUGCCCGCACUCGCGCCUGGAUGGAUGCACUCACGCCCUUGAAUCGCAAGAAUUGUGGCAGCCUGCAUUUGUUCGCCCAAAUGCUCGCCAUCGAGCCCUUGACCGCCGCGCCUGGAGCCGUGAGGGACUACUUUCUCAGCACGCCGCGUCAUGAAGCCGACUUUCAGCCGCGUAUGCUGAAGGUGACGAUCCGUCACACCGAUUGGUGGUUUUGGGAGAACGAUGCCGCUUUGGUACUCAAAGACCCAUGGGUACAGGCUCUGCUGGACUCGCCCGAUCUUCGCAGUACUCACAUUCUGCGGCUUGAACUGGAGACCCUUGAUUACAAAGUCCCACAGCUCCUACCGAUCGUGGAGCGGUUGAAGGGCUUGGAGAGCAGGCAAUUCGAGACUCACCGCAUCGAUGGCCAGCCCGCCUCGACCACGUUCGUGCUCCAACCCCACACGACAACGGAUUGUUGGAGCGGUCCAUCAAAUCUUGAUUGGAAGCGAUACGAGCCUUACGCUCAGCGACCGACGCUUAAUUACCACGCAAUCACCCUGACCUGGAAAUUGCACUUCCCACACUUCCCGAAUGCGCACGUCUCAACACUGCGUCUCGCUCCGAGGCUGCAUCCUGGCCCCGAUCCAAUUCCUCCAGAGAAAUUGCCACGGAUAUAUUUCAGACCACCGCGCACGAAACCAGCGCCCUACCCACGUCCACGCCGGCGGAAGAAGGCCGGUGAUUUCAGCCAGCUUCGUUUCUUGAACUCGGGCCUGUGGGUUCGUAUCAAGUCUGUUGCGAAGGCUGGACAAGAGCAUGACACGAGAAGGGCCAUGUUCUGUGCGGCGAUGCACGUGCCACGCGAGCGCACUCUGUUGCGCUUUGUUGAUUGGGACCAGUGAAGCAUUGGCUAGAGUGGAACGUUUUGAGCAGUGCUUGGGACUGGUGGAUGGC